AUGGCGGCUGUGAAUCUCCCUGCGCUUCCCCACAGCGAAGCCCCACAAAGUCUCCACCAAAGAGCCCACCCGUGUCCCCCGCGAAGUCCUCAGACGGACUUACCUCUGAUUCUGAAUACUUGUCACUGUAGUGCUAAGAAGACGGACACCAGCCAAGCCCUUGCCGAUCCCACUGCUGCUGGAGAGGAGGCGCAGCCGGCAGCGGUGGUCGUGAACGGGAAAGAUGACGACCAAACUGCAGAAGACACCCUAAGCAAAGGAAUGAGCCAGAUGACUACAACCACAGAUGCUGACCCGGAUGCCCCUAAGGACAAAACCGAGUCAAUUACUAGUGGGCCUGUGUCCCCAGAAGGCUCGCCAUCCAAAUCUCCCUCCAAGAAGAAGAAGAAAUUCCGGACCCCAUCCUUCCUGAAAAAGGGCAAAAAGAAGGAGAAGGCUGAAUCUUGAUUCCUCUCCAGGCCUUCUCCUCCUGCUGCUUCCUUCCUUCUCCCCCACCCACCAAGGUCACCAGAGCAGUAGAGGAAGCUGAUAGCCAAUAGCUGCCUCUCCUAGAAUGGUUUGUGCUGAGAUAGAACCAGAGGUUGAGGGUCCUGGAAUGACUCCUGUGUAAUACGUGUGGCUGAGACAACAUCUAGACUUUGCGGGAAAUGAGGCAAAUUUUCUGGGUACUCAUGGCGCGAGACGUAUCAUUCCCUGUUAAACCGGUUUUUGAAGAAGUAAGCGAGUUUAGGAAUGAUUGUGGUCCUUAUUUUCUGCUCAAGGGAGCUAGUCACUAAUUUCACAAGCUGUAAAACUGGUUCUCUGUACCAGUUCCUCCUCGUCACAGCACUAAUGCUCCAAACCAUUUAUCUCCUGUGGGCUGUUUUUCCACAUGCUGCUACCUUUACAGCCCAUGUGGCCGCCUUUUAGAAAUAAUUUGGUGCAAGAAAAGACCCUCGUGAAACAGGAGGGGACAUUGACAAUGAUUGAUUCCCUUUUUCCAGUUCUGCAGUGGAAUCCUGGCUAAUCACAGUGUUGCAAUUCACUGUAUAAUCUCAAAUGGAGACGAUCCAGUUUUAUCAGAACCCAAAGGUGAAGGAUUGGUCUCCUAGAAGGAAGGGUCAGGCUAUGGACCCAUGACCUUUUGCCUCCUGGGCCUUACACCUAGGCCAACAAGCCAUUUUCAACUUCCUUUCUAGCCAGAAUGGUGACACCAAGUUAUCUAACGGUCCAUUUGCUGCAGUAGUGAAGCCUCUUGGAAAUGACUAUUGUGUCUCAGUCGGUGGGGAAGUACACAAAUCCCUCCCUCACAAUAACACACAAGAUAACGUGUCCCACUAUAUUUAUAGUGGUAAGAGCGGGGAAGGAAAAAAGCCUCCGGGAACUCUCUAUGUUAAGUUUAAGAAGCAAGAAAACUUCAGUCACUAAGUGCUAUUUUGUUAGUUUGGAAUAAAUGCACGCUGACGAUAUCACUCCUGUAAUAAUCACUCCAGAAUGAAAAGCCUAUAGAAAAUGCGACUUCACCCCCACUUGCUGCGCUACUAAUUAAUUACACUUAGAUGAGGCUGCGAUGCAGAUGUGAGACCUGUUAGCACUUUUCAUUGCGUUCAGCUUCCGCUGGCUCAGCACAUGCCAUUCUGGACUGGCAGCGAAGCGGGGUUGUGAGUGCAUUCCCUCUUCCCCACCCGCACUCUCCCACCAACCCCGACUCCAGAGUGAAAAUGAAACACGAGUUCACACCUGUGACAUGUUAUUGCCAACUGGCUUAACCUGCCCCCGCCCAUCUCUAACCUUCACCCCCUCUUCAAAAUAAGACAAAGUUACCAACAGAUGAGGAUUAUUACAAUUUACAAUCAGAGAAUCAUAAAAAUAUAGGGUUAGAAGGGUCAUUGAGAGACCAUCUGAUUCAUCCCCCCCAUGCUAAGGUAGGAUUAAGUAAACCUGGACCAUCCCUGACAGGUGUUUGUCCAACCUGUUCUUAGAAUCCUCCAAUGAUGUAGAUUCCACAUCCUCCCUCGGUAACCUGUUCCAGUGCUUAACCAUCCGGAUAGUUAGAAAGGUUGAGCUAACAUCUAACCUAUCAUGCCACAGUUAAAGGAGAUAAACAGGCCAAUGUUCCUCUGUCAGUUUGAGGACUCUGGCAUUAAAGGUGCUAACCAAAUGAGAGCUUGAUCUUGCUCCAUUGAAACAGGAUUUCCAUUGGCUUAAAUGGGAGCUGGAUCAGACCCCGAAGGCUUAAGGUCGCUGUUCUCAAACAAUGGGCUAUUGUUAGUCCGCAGAAUGGCACUUGGAGAACCAUGCAAGGGAGUGGGGUGUGUGUGUGUGUGUGUUGAGAAACUGGGAAAGAGAUGGUCCAUGGAGAAAUCUUUCUCUGUCAUCAGGUCCACAGAAUGGAAGGCUUGAGAACAACUGACGUAGAAGGAUAUUGUAGUCUGUAUACUGACGCAGUGUUCUGGGUCAGGCUCAUCGCUAACAUCUACCAGUAGUUCUAUAAGAUCAGGAGGCGAGGCCUCUUUCUGUAGUGGCCUGGACUUGAAACCGUGACGCUGAACGCCAAUGAAGUUUGGAUUUGGAUGUGAUUCCGGAUCCAUAAUUUGUGAGCCGGAUCCAUCUCUGCCUGUAUGAAGCAAAAUGGUUGGAAAAAUUCUGAUAAAAAAGCAACAACUUUUGUUGUGUGUUUUUUUUUUUUUUUUAAUUGUUCCAACCCUGUGGUUUUCAGAGUCUCAUUUGUGCUGGAAUGAGGCUGUGGGGUCUAGUGGUUAAAGCACAUGACUGCAUCUUAGGAUACCAGGGUUCUAUUCUCAGCUCUGGCCUGGUGGUUGACCUUGGGUUAGUCUCUGCACCUCAGUUUCCCCUAUGUGCUUUGAGCUCUGCUGUUGAAAAGUGCUAUAUGUGAACGCUAGGUAUGGUUAUUUAUUAUUCCCCUUCACAGUAACAGAAUCUGUUCAGGCAAAAUGUCCUUGAAAUAAUCUUUUUUUAAUAAGGCUCUUGUGGUGGGGAAUCCAAGAACUUGCAUUCCAGCAAGAUCCAUACUGAGAAAGUAGCUGAUGCAUUUUCUUCAUAGGGUAGGGAAUCAGCUCCCCAGUCUUGCAUCACGAUUUGCCUUAAUACAGAACUUUGGGGUGAUUCGCAAUUUUUAAUAAGCACCAAUAUCUUGCUUUGCCACAUUUUUUUCGGGGGGAGGGGUAGAAUGGAGGGGAAGAUAUUUUGAAAACACAAGUUAUUUUUAUUUUAAAGAGCAAGUUACUAGGUGUGCUUGGCAAAUGUGGAACAUGGAAAAAAAAUCAACAACAAAAACCUCAGCAGCAAAAAUGCCGGACCUUUUAGAUAUGUGCUCUUGGUGUUCAUGUAUGCUAGAUAAAUUAAAUCCAGGUCCUUAAGGUUAGCUGUGCUUAAGUUUCUGUUGCCUAAAUCCACUGUAUGCACGAUGGGCAGAUUUUGACAUAUUAAAGGCCCAAACCUAUAAAUAUUUACUGUUGGAUGUUGUGCUUAUUAACAUUAGAUUUUAAGGCCAGAAAGGCUCAUUAUGACUAUCUAGUCUGAAUUCCUGAAUAACAAGGCCAGAGAAUUUCACCCCUGAGUGAUCCUGCGAAGUCAAUGGUUAUUAUUGACCAUGAUGUCUUAUUGUUAUUUAAUAUCUGAAUUACAACCCUGCCCAGAGGCCCAUGAUCCGGAUUGGGGCCCCAUUGGACUAAGUGCUGCAUAAACAUAGAUGAAAGUAAAAAGCAACAGAGGGUCCUGUGGCACCUUUAAGACUAACAGAAGUAUUGGGAGCAUAAGCUUUCGUGGG